GGCAGCAGCCACCAGUUUGCGGCCAACCGCCGUAUGAAUCGUGUUAUAAGACCUCUCUCUCUCGAAGUUGUACUCUUAACCCGUCUUAUUACCAUUUUUCCAACAUCAAAAAAAUUCACAACUCAUCACCAUUCACCACUCUAGUGCUAUUCCUAAUGACUGGAUAAUUUUCCCGUGUGUUACCGUGUUUUCAUUAAUUUGUUUACCAUUUUUCAUCAGAGGAUUAAUGUGUGCUAGUGCUGUUUAUAGUAAAAGUUUUUAAUUACUUCGCGCACUUCACUGUUGUGACAAUUUUGCUGGGCAAUAGAAGCCGGUAAAACAGUGGACAACGGCUUCCGCAAUUUUCGAAGCUGCGCACUUCACUUGUACUCUGUUGAACAUUGUCAAGGUCAAGAAUUCACAUCGCCAGUUAUAGACUGGGUGAUGCGAUAUACGAUUAUUUUACUGUUUGUUUAAAUCGAAGAAGACAUUGAGGUAUCAUAUCGCAUUAGUGCUCCUCACUGGGAUCGAAAAAUUUCACAUUUUUUUAUUCGGAUUUCUAUAUUUCCGGUUUUCGUUCGGUUUCAGUAAUGGAGUGUGUGUAUUUGUGCGAUUAUUUUCUGCUCAAAUAAGAGGACUUGGAACAGCCGGUGUUGAAGUCUACAUGUGAAAUGGAAAAUUAUAAGAAAAAAUACAUUUAGGUGGAAAUAAAAAGGCUAAAAGAAGGUCUUGUGUUGGGGAGUUUGGGGGGGGAUGUGAAGAGUGGCUCGAAAAUUGUCGGCAAUGUGACAAGCCGGCCGGCCACUAAUAAAUAUUCCAGGGUGUCCCCUCUCCUUUCAAAAAGAGACGAUCAAAUCCACCGAGUGAAACGGACUAUCAAAAAUAAAUGUGAAAAACCCGUUGGUCCAGGAGGAGGUAUCUGAAUAAAAACUGAGUUCAGUCCCUGAGUGAAACUUCAAGUAUUAAAUAACAAAUAAGAAAUAUUUAACUACAUAGCAAAAGCAGAAAUUUUUUUUUAUUCGAUGAUGUUUGCUACGGUUCGGCUGAGAUAAUACCGCCGUUAUCUGUCCUCGAGUAUGAUCGUUGUUGCCAGAUUAUUUCCAAGGCUAAUUUUAAUGUGACAAAUAUACAUUUUGAAGAGGCCAGAUGAAAAUCAUUAAUUAAAACCUCGACAGGGUUAACAGUAUCAUGCCGCAUCUGUUACUGGAGGAACGUCAAUUGAUGGCAAUAGAAACAUUCCUAGGAACACCAACCCCCUGAUUUAUCUGGCUCCAGAGAAUUUUUCAUUAAUUUCAAGAUGGCGGGAAGUGAUAAUGGACGACAGCAGCCGAUAUUGUUGAUCAGUAUGACAGUUUGUGGUGUUGGAUCUAGUGAAAGUUUGGGGUGUUGUCAUCGCAGUUUGGUGGAAUAAGAGUGAAUUGUUUGUAGGUGUUUAUAGGCAUUUUGGAAUUCAAGUUUUAUGGUGCAUUAAAAUUCAGAAAUGUGGCCGCAGCAUCAGCACCAGUAUCAACCUGGUGUACCAACGUUGACAGAACAAAUUGACACGGGACAAUAUCAAAACGUAAUGCCACCUGAUAAUAUUGGCCAGACCAUGACGAUGCAUCAGCAUCAGAGAGAACCCACUCGGGAAGCCACUGGUUGUUCAAGCAGUGCCCGGGCCUCGAGAAAUUUGGCGGAGAAGCAGAGGCGAGACAACCUCAACGCAAACAUUUCCACAAUGGCAAGCCUAGUACCCGCGGUGGCUAAUAGCCCAAGGCGUCAGGAUAAGAUAUCAAUUCUCAGGCUGACGGCUGCCUUCCUCAGGGCCAAUUAUACUCUUGGCAAAGCCACUCCAGGAAUCCUUCCAAGUAAAUUCAAAGGCGCAGACCUUGAGCAGCUUUGCCUCCAAAGUUGCGACGGGAAUGUGUUUUGUAUUAUUAUGACAACCGCUGGGAGCAUCAUACAUGUCAGCGAUACUAUAGAAUCACAUCUCGGAUAUUUACCGCUCGAACUAUUGGGAAAAUCGCUGUUCAGCUACGUCUACCCCGAGGACCAUGAUGAGCUAUCUCGUGCCCUAGUGGUGAACGAAGACACCCUGGCAUUAGUUGACGGCACCAUAUCCGAUCAGAAUCCCACGUUAUCUUCUGAAGAAAUUACAGCCAAACGACGAAAUUACCGAGAACGAAGAACAUUUGUUGUGAAAAUAGCCCAGAAAACCACCUCUCGGGGUGAGCACAUUCAGUACAAGUGUUUUAGUAUAUCAGGGGUCCUCAAGUUAGCAGAGCACUGUAUCCAACGACCAGCGAAUAAAGAAUAUGCUCGAUCGAGCAACGAUAUUAUUUUCGUUGGAUUAGCACGUGGUAUGCAUAGACGUGUAACCGAGCUGUCCUUAUUAGAAGCCACUAAAGAAGAGUAUGUAACACGACAUUUGGUUGACGGCCGUAUCAUCUUCUGUGAUCACAGAAUAUCCAUUGUUGCUGGAUACAUGUCGGAAGAGGUUUCCGGCGCUAAUGCCUUUCGUUAUAUGCACAAGGAUGAUGUCAGGUGGACGAUAAUUGGAUUACGGCAGAUGUACGAUCGUCGUGAAGGUUUUGGAUCAUCUUGUUACCGACUCCUCUCAAAAACCGGUGACUUUAUCUACCUCAGAACGCACGGAUACCUCGAAAUGGACACGAAAACUGGUACUUUCGAAUCCUUUGUUUGUGUUAACACAUUGGUGGAUGCAGCGGAGGGUGAAAAAUUGAUUCGUGAGAUGAAGAAUCGUUACACGGCUACGAUGAACAAUGCAAGUCGAGUUUUAAUUGAUCCAAUCACGGUGAACUCAUCGUCGAGCUCACCCCCGAGUGUCGAGGAUCCAACGCAACUUGAAGGUGUAAUUCUCAAAUUGAUCAGUGAUCUCUCAACACCAAUACCAAUCAACGGGAGAAUUUCCCCUGGACCUGCUCCAGAUGUUCAAUCCGCCAAAGCCGCUAUGUUUGCCACGAGACUACCACCGGCUGCUGUGCAGGCCAAUCAUUUGGGAGUUAAGUUGAUUGAAAGACCUCUCAAGAGCAAAUUGAAACAAAUCAGGAGGACAAUGAGUGCUGCAUCGUCAAUUAGCAGUGAUAGCGGAUAUUGUGAGGAGCCACGACAUCGUUCACAGACCCAAAUAUCAAACCGGUUAAAUGGGAGCAAUCGAAUUCCUGUUAGUUCUAUUCCAAAACUCGAUAGUCCUGUUGUUGAUGAUGUCCUUAGUAAUAUCACCCGGCAAGAGUUGAGCCCUAUUAUUCAACAAGUUUCAUCUCAAGCCACCAUGUUUUAUGAGUCUCACCAAAUGGGUACAAACUCUUCAAUGGUGAAUUCAAACAUAAAUAACGCAGCAUCAUUAAUCGAAACCACGGAAGGGGCCCAAUACGGAGAAAUGAAUUCAACACUCCAUUAUUAUGGCCACCCAGAGACAAUGGGUCUAUUUAUGAAAGGCGAGGCAGGUACUGCUGGUAUGAAUAUGGCAGAGGAGAUCUCUGGAAAAAGACCCUUCGAGGUAGAAAGUGAAGGAUCAGAUAAGAGACAGCGACAGGAAUAUUAUUCUACUGAAGACGAACACUUGGACAACUCGACCUUCCAGGCGAUUCUUAAUUCCAAUUCAGAUAUUUACAAAUUAUUGGAUGAGAUGUCACACCCCUUGAACCCUGACAAAGACUCUUCGAGAGCUGACAUCCUUCACCUUGUGCCCGAGCAAAAGGUAGAUGAGACCCUGAGACAGACAUAUGCACAUCUUCAGGACAGUAUAGAUUAUCAAGGAACCCAGAUCAACGAGUUGGGACUGGCAUUCGAAAAUUCAGAGCUCCACACGCGCCGACCACAUUUUCAUCAACUGCAGGCGGAACAUGAAAUCCAAAAGAAAAUGAUCAAGACCUUACAGAAGGAUCAUCACAGUAUGCAAGUCAACGUUAAACAGAAUGUUGGUGUUUGAGAUCAGUUCGAGAAGGACGAAACUUAAGUUCCCCUCGUCCUUCGCCCCUAGGAUUUUUUUCUAAAGUCCACAGGCUGGCUGUUCCCUUAUGUACUCCAGUGAAAUGUGGCACAUAACAUCUCUAUAUUCAGGACUUACUGUUCCUCCGGAGUCGACGAUCGCAACAUUCAGCUCGAUGUAGUCCCUGGAAGGGCCAACUAAUACAGCAAAAUGAUGAGAAGGACUGUUUGCAUUUGAGGAUAUCGACUCACCUUACUGAAAUUUUUUUUCCAAUCUCUUUCCGUGCUCCUCUCAGGAACACAAAAAAUGAAGACGAUUAAGCUGCUAUUCACUAGCACGUAUUCUUGAAUUUGGUCAAAGUUAUAGAAUAACACUUCAGCAAAUGAAAAGAACUAGCGGAAUCCAAACAAGGAAAAAUUGUGCACGCAAUGACGGAAUGUGGCAAAGUAGAAAAAAAUAAAUAAAGGUCUCAGUAAAAUAAGUGGAUGAGAUCAAGAGAUUGAACUGCAAAUGUUAGGGAAUUUUAUUAAUACAACGAGGUAAAGUCACCUCUUUUGUCGCAGACAAAUCCAUCGUUACAGUAACGAAAGUUUCCCGUUUUAAAUAGUUUAAAAGAAAGGAAACUUUUACGAAUAAAUGAAACGGCUGAGUAUCAACUACCUCUAUCCAACAUGUCUGUCAUAUUUAGAAAAGGGAUGAUGUGUUAUUAAUGAAAUCGUAAUAAUGGGAUACGAUAACCUAACUACUUUACUUAGCAAUUAUGAUGUUGAUUGAGACUAAGAUUGUAAAGUAAAGAGAGAAAAACACACAGAAUAAAAAAGAUGAUGUUUUGAAUUGUUGCCAUCGUUUUAAUUGGCUCACCGUAAGACUGCAAUGUUAAUUUUACUAUAUACAUAUAUAAAUAUUGAGUAUAAAAAUAAUAAUUAUACAUGGAUUUUUAAUCAUGUACGAUUAAGCGGAAAAGUGUAAAGAGAACUUUAAUUGAAGAUGGAAAUUAACUGUAAUUAUUAAGUACAUAAUUGAAGUUAUUAAUUGGAGAAUAGUUCUGAGAGAAAAAACAACAAAACAAUGCAAUUUUUGUCGCUGCUGCUACGUUUAGUCAGUGGAAUACUGUCUAUUCGUUUAUUUAUAAAUGAAAAGUCGAAUUUUGUAAACGAAAAGACUAUUCGUUUGCUAGCAAACGAAAAAUGGCACAGUUCACCACUUGCUGAACAUAACAUCACUAACAAAAAUAAGUAUAGUUCAGAUACAUUUGUGAUGCCAGGCGGAGCCGAGGGCUGCCAAUGGCACAGUCAUUACCACCCCAUCGCAUUUGUAUCGAAAUAUACUAUUUGGUAAUUGGCUUGAGUGAUUUUUCAAUAAAUGCACCCAUUGUACACAGGGGCAUACAUCCCGGGAGGGGAGGCGGGAGGAGUUUCAGUCAAUUUCAUGAUGUAUUCGGAUCAGAAUAAUUUUACUCUAAGCUACAAGUCAAUUUCUGCAAUAACUUGAUCGGAUUUAUUGCAAGAUUGUGCUACUGAGGAACUAUCGGAAAAUGUGAAAGUUUCUGAAUUCUCUUGGAACUCAGUCGAGUUUUUAGUACUGAUGAAGAGUGUCAUUACGUAAUAGAGGUAAUACUGAGCCGAAAAAUAUUUGAACUUCCAAAACAAUGGAAAUACCGCAUCUUUCUAUCAAUUGUAUAAGCGUGUGUGAUUUUUUCAAGACAUUAAUGAAUUUUAUUACUAUGAUAUCAUUUCAGUUUAUAUGUCCCGAUGUUUCCUCUUCCUCGUGGUAUACUCAGUGAUCAUGGAAUAUAUGACCAUGUUAGGUUAAUUUUUCAAAAACUGAAAAACAAUUCGUACUUCAAAAAGACUAAAUGGAUAUGAACAUUUAAUCUAAAUUAAUUCUAUAAGUUUUACCAUGGAGGAGGAAAAAAUUGAGGUAUAUAUGAACAGUCGAUGUUUCGAAAAAGCAGUUAUUCUUUGUUAUCUAAAAAGUAUGUGUGUGCCAAAUUUGAUCUCGGUGAAUUGCAGAACCGGUACUCGAGCAAAUUUGACAAAUUCAAAAUGUUUUCAUGCAGUUUACUCAUUACACGUGACGAAAUUCAUCGGUUCUCUGAUCUAAUUUUUAUGAGACCGCCGAUAACUAUCGACUGCUCUAAGCUUGAUCUUAAUCAGGUCUCCAGACUUUCGAGUUUGAUCGCUGACCCCUUAGUGUAAAAAAAUCAAUCAAAGAUUUCCUUUAGAAAAAAAAAAUCAAUGGUUGGUUUAUUUAUUUAAAACGAGGAUGUAUGCCACAUGAACAUACACAUUAGAUGCAUAAUUUAGAAUUUAAGCAAAUGGUGUACUAAUAUACUUACGUCCAAUGAUAUUUACUGUAAAUUUGUCACUGAAUAAUGUGACGAUAAUUUUACAUCGAUGACGACGCUUCAGCAGGUUUAAUGCCAAUCAUGAAAUUUAUGUACAAUUUUCCUUAUUUAUAUUUCGGCCUAUUUUAUCAAUUUGUUAAUUGUCGUAAUGUUAUAUGAGAAACUUUUGUUUUUAAUGAAAUUGUGCAAUGCAAAAUUAUCGGAAAUGUUAAUAGCCGAAGAGUUUUGAGAGUGUUUUAUCGUUACCAAGUUGACUUAUACUUAAUUUCAUUUCACGAUCGUCGUCAAAUAUUUCCCACCCGUGAUGAAAGAAAAAAUGAUAAGAAAAAAAGUUUUUGUGUCUUCACUGUAAAGAUGAAAAUAUUGUGAAUAAUUUUGAAUCAAGAAUGAUAACAUAUAUGUUGUACUCAUCACUUAAGAUAAAAAUACGUGGCGUUGCUCAGGCAGCGAUUUUAUGAUUAAAAAACAAAUAUGCGAAUAUUUAAAGGAAUGAAUUUAUGAUAAACUGAUUAGAAUUUGUAGCUCCCUCCCGGACUCCGAACUAAUGUAUAGUACAAAUUUCACAUCCAAACUGUCUGUGUUUUUAUGUAAUCCGAUAUUUUAUUUUAUUUUUGAAAGUGAUUGGUUCGAAGGAGAAUGAACAAUUUUUAUUAUACAUGUCAGGCAAAUAAUAUUUUAUCAUGAGACUGAAAAAAAAUAAUUCAAUCGUCUAUUUGACCUUUUCUGCUUUAUUUCUCUGCAGAAAUGUGCUUUAGCUCCCUUAAUGUGACAAUUUAAAGACGGAAAAUUAUGUCAUUCAAAGAUAUAUUGAUAGCUUCAUCAAUUUGUGAAUUACACUUUUUUAACAGAUAAUUUCUUUGUCUAUUUCUUUGAAAGCCAAUGAUUUUGUCAUAUCAUUUAUCAUUAUUUUACUGACAUGAAUAAAGAUUUAAAAUGUAUGCAGGCGUGACACAGACAGUCGGCACUAUUAUAAUACAGUAAGCAUACCUAAUCAUAUUGUUUAAAAAUAAAGUUUAUAAUAUUGUAAAUACAUUAUUAUAUUUAUACUUUGCUGAUCAUAAAUGAAGGAAACGGAAACAUGAGUUUUAAUUUUUUUAA